AACAAAAGAUUUUCUACACUGUACGCCAUCUUGCUCGGACUAGCCAGCUGUGCUUUGAUUUUACAAUUUUUCCAACCGUUCAGUGCUUUUAUAUUAAAAUUAAGCGUUCAAUAUGAUGCGCCGUGGAGGUCGCGACAGCCGUAGUGCUGAAAGAAAUAGUCGCAGUUUUGGCGGAGGAACUUCCAGCCUGAUGCGUCGCAACGAUCGCAAUGGUGGCCGUGUGGAGAAGCGCUUCGAUCGAAUGGAGCGAAAUGGAGAGAACUUACGUAGCAUCCGUUGGGAUCAGGUAAAGUUGGACGCGUUUCAGAAAAAUUUCUUCCAACCCGCUAGCAGCGUGUUGAAUCGUUCGCGGGCGGAGGUAAAUCAGUACUUGAACAAGAACGAGAUUACCGUGUACGGAAAGAAUGUGCCUGCCCCGAUUCUGCACUUUCACGAGAGCGGUUUUCCACAGUACAUGCUGGAUGAGUUUCAGCGGCAGAGUUUUAAGGAACCGACCUACAUUCAGGCGGUCGGUUGGUCGAUUGCAAUGAGUGGGCGCGAUAUGGUCGGUAUUGCAAAGACGGGCAGUGGUAAAACGCUGGCCUACAUCUUGCCGGCCUUGGUGCACAUCAGCAACCAACCGCGAAUCGCGCGUGGCGAUGGACCGAUCGCGCUCGUGCUGGCACCGACGCGUGAGCUAGCCCAACAGAUCAAGCAGGUUUGUGACGAUUUCGGACGUCGUAUGGGCAUCUACAAUACGUGUGUAUUUGGAGGCGCCUCCAAGUAUCCUCAGGAAAGUGAUCUGCGCCGUGGGGUGGAGAUAGUGAUUGCCACGCCCGGACGGUUGAUUGAUUUUCUCGAGCGCGACACCACCAAUCUGCGCCGCUGUACAUAUCUCGUGCUGGACGAAGCCGACCGUAUGCUGGACAUGGGCUUCGAGCCGCAAAUUCGCAAGAUUAUAUCGCAAAUCCGUCCCGACCGUCAGGUGCUGAUGUGGUCUGCAACGUGGCCGAAAGAGAUUCGCAAGCUGGCGGAAGAGUUUUUGCGCGACUACAUACAGAUCAACAUUGGUUCGCUCAAUUUGGCCGCGAACGAAAACAUACUGCAAAUAAUAGACUGCUGCGAAGAGUACGAAAAGGAAACACGGCUGUUUAAGUUGCUGGAGCAGAUCUCGUCGCAGAACGAUGGCAAAACGAUCAUCUUCGUCGAGACGAAGCGCAAGGUGGACAAGAUUGUAAACGUGAUUCGCCGGCAGGGUUGGCGGGCGGACGGGAUUCAUGGUGACAAGUCGCAAAAGGAUCGCGACUACGUACUGAACACAUUCCGUCGCUCGAACAAUGGUAUCCUGGUUGCCACGGAUGUGGCCUCUCGUGGCUUAGACGUGGACGAUGUGAAGUUUGUUAUCAAUUUCGACUUUCCAAACAACACGGAAGAUUAUGUGCAUCGUAUCGGUCGAACGGGACGGUCGACUAACAAGGGAACGUCGUAUACCUUCUUUACGCCGGCCAAUUCAUCCAAGGCAAACGAUCUGAUCACCGUGUUGCAGGAUGCUAACCAAUACAUCAAUCCAGAGCUGCAAGAGUAUGCUCGUGGCAGUGGCCGUUAUCGUGGAGGAGGUGGACGUAUGCGUGGAAACAUGGGUGGUGGACGCGAUCGUGGCAUUGGGACACGCAACGGAAGAAUGGGUGGUGGUAGUCGGUUCAGCGAUUCAAAGCCGGUGCGCGAUGACGGAGGAUACCGAAAUGGCAAUGACGAACGCAAGUAUCCCCGUCGGGAUGAGUACAACCGUAACGAACGCGAUCAUCGUGACGGAGGAUCACGUUCCGGUGGCGCCUAUGGUUCGACUGGAGGAUCACGCGCUGCCAAUGGUAUGGGUAUGAGUUCGAACGGUUACGCUGCCACUUCAUACGGAGCUGAUGAUCGUAACUAUGGUGGCCACUACGGAAGCCAGACACAGGGCGCAUACGGUGGAGGUGGCGGAUAUAACGCGCCAAGUGCAGUUUCUCGACGUUCCGAUUCCGAUCGUUCCCGGGCACCGGCUGGUACUGUCGUUGGAUUGCCCGCAACUCCCGCACUGCCCAGCGCAAUCGCUUACGCUCAUCCAGCAAUGGCACUGGCCGCUGGACCGUAUGGUGCACCACCGGGAGUCGCAUAUCAGUACACGGCCCCGCCACCAACCGCACCGAUGGGUCGCUCCGACGCUUAUCCUGCAAGAGGAGUAAUGCCCUAGUUGGCAUCCCGUGGUGGUUAUGGUGGUGGUAUGUAAAAGCGGCACUGGUAAGGACUCGCACCCUACAAAUUACUAUAUUUUAGCGAGCACCUACACCAUCCCUCUUCUGACGAUGAAUUGAUAAAUGCAUACGGAUGAGUGUGUAAUAACGUAGCGAGCGCAGGUCGUGGAUAAUGGCACGUACAUCAACAAAACCUCAUAAAAUCGUGACAAUUCGUUUUGGGCUGUAUUGUAAUUAUAAAAUCGUUUACGACAAAUGACACUGAAUCCUUUCUUUUUGACAUUACCCAAGGGUUUAAGCACACUAUUAGUGGAGGCGGUACAUGUAGAGGCGCUUAGUUGUAUCUCAUGAAAUUAAUUUAAACUCAUAUUUAUAAGCAUACAUUUUACCCAUUUCUGGAUGAUUAUAAAUAAAGUACAUUCGCUUAGUUGUAAUAUUUGAA